GGGCGGUCGCUGUCGCCCGGGCAGGAGGGGGGAGCCCGGAGGCCAGGUGCGACCCAGCCCCGCCGCACCCACCGGCCGCGACGGCUUAUAAACACCGGGGCCGGACGGGACGGGACGGAGGCGCCUGGAGGGGCCGCGCCGGGCUGGACCCUCCGCACCGGGAGGGAGCGGCCUGGGAUUUCAUCUCAUAUAGAUGUGAAGUUCCUAAAUCAGAAACUCCUACUUCCAGGGUCACCCAAGGAGAUGAGGUUUUUAGCCAGGCUGUCACAGGAACAGGCACCCCUAACACGUGAAAGCUGGGAUCUGGGACACCCACGAGGGCUGCUUUGCUGAGGACAACAGGAUCAGGGCCCUCCCUGCCGGGGAAGUCACCGAUGGAGUGUGGACACUUAGCGGAGAGCAGCGAGGAGAUCUCCAGCGCGGGCGCAGAGCCCAAUUCCCUGCUGCCCUCCUCUGCCGGCAGCACCUCCUGCCUGCCCUUGGCGGCCGCGCCGCGGGCUGGGGCCGCUCCGGGCCGCCCCGCCGCCGCCAACGCGGCCCGGGAGCGCAGCCGGGUGCAGACCCUGCGCCACGCCUUCCUCGAGCUGCAGAAGACUCUCCCCUCCGUGCCGCCCGACACCAAGCUCUCCAAGCUGGAUGUGCUCCUCCUGGCCACCACCUACAUCGCACACCUCACCCGCAGCCUGCAGGAUGAGGAGGAGUCACCGGGAGAGGGCUUGGGCACCCUCCGCGGGGAUGGAUACCUGCACCCGGUCAAGAAGUGGCCCAUGCGUUCCAGGUUGUACAUUGGAGCCACGGGACAGUUUCUGACUCACUCGGCACAAGGAGACAGCGCAAACCAUGGGGAAACAUCAACAUCUUCACAGAUCUAAUCUCCCUUCUUGCUUUGAAAAAAAUGGUUAUUUAUUACACUUUAUAUAUAUAUAUUUAAGUUAAAAAAUAGUAUCUACAGACAAACUAUCAUUCCUGAAUGCUGUUUGUAGAGGACAAGGAAUUGAUUCUUAAAUGUAAUUAAUACCUCAUUAAGUUAAUGUGACGCAUCAUUGGUUUCUAUCAUUGCUGGGAUCUGAAUGGGGGGAGUGGGAGGUGGUGACUGCAGCCAGCACCAACAUGAGCAGCAGUGGCAAAGAGCUGACAGCAGAGUAAGUAUCCUUGUCCUCUCAGGGACAAGUGCUGUGAGAAAGAGAGGAGGAGUGAUGUGGUACUGGCCAAGUACAUCGGGCGAAAAGAGAAGGGCAAGGCUAAAAACAGCAACUGUAAUCCCACACAGACUUUCUCCACUGCUUAAAGCCGAUGGCAGAAAUCCCCUGACCACAGCUGUCAGGUCAGGGCUUCACCCAUUGGAUAGUCCUACAUGUUUGUAGCUAUUGCUGGGAACAUAGAUGCAUGUUCAUGGAGUAAAAACAUGCUGAGAGACCUGUCCCUCCUGCACAGAGAACUGUGCGUCGGGCACUGCUUGUAUGCACCCGUGGGAUUGUGCUGCAUGUUACGGGGCUCAGCCUGUGUUUGCCACCCCGGCACAACCACGUGUCUGCUCGCCAUUCCACAGCUCACUUCAUUUAAGGGGUUCACAUGUUGGAGCAGAUGAGCCCAAAGUGUUGGCUUGUUCGUAGCACACUUGUUCGCUUAAACAUCUAUAUUUAGGCAAGAAAAGUUGAAACUAAAUGCACAAAUGUCAUCUGUUGUAACUGUUCUAUAAAACACUGUACUUCUCAUAUGGUUUGUUAUUGCUGAGGUAAAUGCUCUAUUAAAUAUUAUUCAGUGAAUAUUAUA